AUGGCUCCGCAAAAUGGAAACUUCCAGCCCGGAUUCGGAAACGCUGUGUCCGCUCCGUCCCCUACCGUUCCGGGCGGAGGUUGGAAUGGCCAAGGCGGCGCCACAUUGAACAAUGGAGCAGCCACAUCUUUCGGCCAAAGUCCUACUGCAAGUUGGACCAACAUUGGGUCCCCCCAAUCCGGCGGCCAGUCAGGUGCUGGAGGAAACACGUUCUCAUCCCAGGGUUCGACUCCCACUCAGAACUCCAACCAAGGUUCGCCAUCUCAGACGCAGGAUCCUAACAACCAAGGACAAAACAACGAUGACGGGCGCCAGGACUCUAAUAAUCAGGGCCAGGACAACAACCAAGGACAAGACAACCAAGGACAAGACAACCAAGGACAAGAUAACCAAGGACAGGACAACCGCGAUCAGGACAAUCGUGGCCAGGACAAUGGCGAUGGACGCCAGGACUCCAAUAAUCAAGGCCAGGAUAAUCAAGGGCAGAAUAACGGUGACGGGCGCCAGGACUCUGAUAAUCGAGGACAGAAUGAUCGGGGACAAGACGGCCGAGGACAGGAUGAUCGAGGACAGGACAACGGUAACGGACGCCAGGACUCCAACAACCGAGGACACGAUAAUGGUGAUGGUCGCCAGGACUCUGGUAACCGGGAUUCAGGCCAUGGAAGCAACACUACUGUAAUUGCCGCCGCCACAGCUGUCGGUGGCACUCUCGUCCUCGCCCUUUUACUCUACCUGAUCUUCCGAAAACUACGCAAAAGCGGCAAGUAUUCCAAGAUGACUCGAUCCCGAGCUGCGUCAAAAGAUAUCACUGGAUUGUUGCCGGAUUACGAACAGGAUCAAGAUUCUGAAGGCCUCCCUCACAUCUGUGGUAUGCAGAAUGCAAAUCCUUCUGCCAUGCACAUGCCCGCUACGCAAUCUGGGAASGUCCCGCACAUAUGCGGUCUGCAAAAUGCCAACUCUGCUACCAUGCACUUACCUGCCUCGCAUUCUGGGGAUGUGCCACACAUAUGUGGUCUGCAGAAUGUAAAUCGCUCUACCUCGGACUUACAUGGGAAUGUUCCUCAUAUUUGUGGUCUGCAAAACGCACCUACAAAUGCCAUUAACUUACCGGCUACGCAUCCUGGUGGCUUCUCAGGCCCACCACCGGCUGCUCUCAUCAAAGCAGAUCGAGCUUUGGACCUGGAAAAGGCCGGAUAUCUUUCCACCAAGGGAUCCGUCGAGACUUUGCAAGGAACACAAGAUCCGAAAGGGCACACGCAUCUUGCUCCCCCAAGGCCGAGCGCACAGAUAGAGCAACGUUCUCUUGGUCCGACGAGCCAGCUCCACCCCGGCGCUCCUACCUCCGAGAAAGAGUCGAGCGUGGAUUUGGCCCGUUCAGAUACCCGCUGGAGUUGGACUAAUUCACAAGCGCCGAGUACCCCCAGGAUAGAAGCGCCUAAUGGCCGUGCGUCUUUGACUGGUCUCAGCGUCCGCUCCAUAAGAAAAUGGUUCACGGGCCACGAGCGUGAUGAGGCGCCAAACUCAGAUCAAUCUCACAAGAGGCAACCAUCCAAUCCACUACUUUGGAAGAACCAGGCACACCAGCCGGUCCUAGCUCCACGAGGUCCCGGUGCGAGAGGGCCGUCGACAUCUCUUAGAGCCCAGGCCGGACGUCGCUCUGGAUCUCUGGCUGGCAAAACCAAUGCGCAACAGCAGCGGGUGGAGGAGCAGCAGAAGCCGCUACCGCUGUCGGCACAUCCUGUGAACAAGUCGCCAUAG